AUGACAGCUCUAUGGACCAAGUCUACGACGCGACGAUUUGAUGUCGCAAAGAAGCUGAAAUGGCUAGACUCUUGCUCUACUUACGACUUCGAGACAACCUGGAAGCAAACGCAAAAGUUGGGAUCGACUUCGUUGCUUUCCAGCUCGAACGACUAUCAACAAUGGAAAAAGCUUACCACUUCAUCAUCCAUACUUUUCAGUGGUAAAAUUGGCGCUGGAAAGUCAGUCACAAUGGCUAACGUUGUGAGUGACUUGAACUAUAACAAAGAAGCCGUUGUCCUCUACUUCUUUUGCCGAUACGAUAUUCCAGAAAGCUUAAAACAUCAGACUAUUCUCGGUAGUUUGGCUAGGCAAUACCUCAACUACUUUCCCAUCCGCAGCGAAGUCUUCACAGACGAUAUGCAUACAUCGAAGUUAGGCGUUGAAGAGUUUAUUGGGUUUCUAGGACUCAGUUUGAUAGGAAAUGCGCAGAAGUACAUUGUCGUGGAUGGUUUAGAUGAUUGUGGAGGAACAUGGCACUUGGGCAUCUCAACUCAGCCGUCGGCUGACGACUUUGUCAAAAUCCAUUUGAAACCGAAUUGGAAUGUCUCGCUCCCGUCCGAAAAUCCAGACAUUGAGUUUUUUAUCGAUGUGGAGCUGGAAGCUCGCCUUGACAAUGGGGACUUGGCUAUCGGAGAUCCUGCUUUGAUCGCGGACAUCAAGAAAGCUCUAUUGAAAGGAGCAAACGGAAUGUUUCUUUGGGUUGCUCUUCAACUUGAUGCUAUCUGCUCAGAGGCCUCUGACUACGACAUAAAGGAAGCGAUCAAAUCACUCCCCCGCGAUCUCACAGCAACUUACACGCGAAUUCUGGAAAGGUCGACGGCUAGAGACCAUGAGAGAUACCAUAAGCGAAUCUUCAAAUUUCUCGCCGCAGCAUAUGAGCCGUUGACGUCAGCUCAGAUAGGCGAGAUGGCAAGCGUAACCGUAGGAGACGAGGCAUAUGAUCCCUCCAGGAGGAUCAACAAUAUCGACAAAGUUCUUGGUUUCUGUGGUAGCUUAAUCGUGGUGGAUGAAGAGGAGAAGACGGUACGAUUCGUACACCACAGUGCCAAAAGCUUCUGUCAACCUUCUAUCGACAGAACAUCACUGUGGCAAUUCACGAAUGAGGAAGCCCACAACGAGCUUGGCGGGACAAUCUUGACGUAUUUGAACUUCGCCAUCUUCGAAACGCAGCUUUCCACAAACGUUGUUCCGAUCUUUGAUGCCGGCAAGAUCUCAACUGGCAUUCUUCGUCAAACAUUUCACAAUUCAUGGAGUCCAAUACGCCUAGCAGAGAACUUUGUUAGGGCGAAGCCAGCUCCAAGCCGCCAGAUUGGUCAUGUUAUUGCACAAAAUAUCAGGCAACCCAAUACAAUAGCGAGCGAUCACCCUUUUCUCCCGUAUGCAAAGGAAUUUUGGUUGCUGCAUACGCGAUUUACGAUCAUGCCAUCCACUCGGCAUUUGUGGCAUAUUUUGGUCAACAAAUUUGAUCUACCGAGUCUUCCGACUUUACCCUUCGUGGCAACAGCCUGGGCUUAUAUAAGUGUGCCUCCAGAGCUGACAAAUUAUACUGGGUUGUUUUGGUCUAUUCAAAACUCUCACGUUCCGAUGUUCAAUCAUGUGAUGAAAAUCGGUCACAAUAACCGCUCUCUUCGGCUCCAGUCGCUUCGCCUUAUCUCAUUCCUUGAGGUUUUCAGAGCACUUUCGACGAUUCCCAUAAUCGAGAGGUUCCAUGCUACGUCUACCAGUCUUGGGAUCGAAUCGCACAUGGCCGCGCGUCUGCUGUCUAUGUCAGAGUGCUUCAAGACUCACAAGGUUUCUGAAUGGUUAGCAUCGCAGAUCGAAAUGUCUACUUGCGACUACGAUAAUUCAGCAGGCAGCUGGACUCUAAACCCACACCCAAUCACUAAAGUCGACUUCUUUUCCCAAUUCAAGAUAAAAUCGCGAGUAGCUGAGUUGGACGCGGUAGAUACACAAGUAAUUGCUGUGAAAGGCUUCACCUUCGGGCUACACGCCGAUACCCCUCGAAUAUACAAGCUCCGACCGCAACAACUCGAAAGCCAGCCUUGCCGGUCUCUAACAAAUGAUUCAUAUGCCAUCACUUGGCUCAGAAGUUCGCAUCGAGGUAUUUCGUCGUGCCUGCCUAAUGGGAAAUCUCAGCUUGGCUACUUGGCCGCCAAUUCUCGACAUCCAUAA